AUGACAGCCAUUGAGUCAUGUAGAGUGGUCUUAAUCCUGGCAGGUCGAUAUAAACAAGUGAGAUGUUAUUCCUAUGAUGGAUUGUUACGAUUAAUUUAUGGUGUACUUUCAUUGGAUUGGGACACCCGAAAGAAUCCAUCGCAUGAAGUGCCCACCUUAAAAUGCUGGGAAAGUGUAGCCUCAUUAUCAGGCAAAGUACGGGACGAUGAUUCAUCCGAAGAUUCUCCUCCACCCACCACUGUACGUUCUACAAACAAGGCGCCAUCCUCAAAUCAUGUCACUUUAGUGGAUCAGCUGACAUUGUCGGGUUUGACAAAGCCUUAUUAUGUGGUGAACAGUAUUACUUUACAAAGCUUGUAUUACAAGUUACCCGAAUCCAAAGACGCAUUGGCUAUUCAAACUUACCAAACAAGUACAUACGUCUUUGCUGCAAUCCGACAUCGUGAUAAAAUUGUUUUAUGGCAAAGAAAGCGCGAUCAUCCAUUAAGACCCUUUUAUCGCUUGAAAGUCUUUUGGAUUCCAACAGAAUCCAAAUGUAUUUCUUUUGCAGAUGACAGAAGUACUCUACGACAUAUUUUGGUGGUCUUUGCCAGUGAAGCCACUGCCAUCGAAUUAAGAGAUAGUAAAGUAACGACUGUACCAAUCGAUCCUAUUUUAGAGAGAAUUUAUCAAACCACUUGGGUGAGAGAACAAUAUGAACAUCAACUGGCUUCACCUCGUUCACCCAAUUCACCUAUACCCACCUCUAGCUCAAUGUCCACUUCAUUAUUUGUUAGAUAUCAAGCAGAACAAAACGAUCCAUCCAAUACAUAUCCAACACUGCCGGCCAGUCUUUCUGUACCUCCUAUCCAAUGGACCUCACUUAUUCAAUUGCCUUUUUAUCCUGACACACUUCCUGCCACAACCUUGACCACUGAAUACUCUAUCCCGCCUUCCUAUUCAACCGUCAUCACAUCAUUACCUUCUUCCGCUCCACCUGACCCAGUGGCUUUACCUUCAGCUGCUGCUCCUCAGUUAUUUUUUGCAACGCUUUUAAAACAAAGUUAUAUGAUUGAUUUAAGUGGUUCUUUAUUCUCUACACAAGUCUAUAAAUGGUCUGAAGUGCCCACGCAUAUAGAGUUCAUUCAAUUAGACAGUAACAUCAAUGAUUGGUGUGUAGUAGGAUUUGGUCAAGAAACCAUAGAGAUUAUUCAUAUCAAAACAGCACAAACCGUACAACGUGUGAUGCACGGUGUACCUGUGAAAUUUUUGGGUAGAUGGGAUGAAUAUUUACCUAGAGAAGGUAAAAAAAAUAAGGCUGUCUUCAAGUCUUUAUUCUGGAGCUGUGCUGCCAAUGAAAGAAUCCAUGUAUACAUGUUAAAAGCCGAUGAUGUAUUAGCAACAUUACCGACUGCAUUAGCAUAA